GUCAGAUUUCUACAUUUUUUGAUUGAAACGAACGCGACGAACACAGUGGAGCAGAAGGAUUUCGGUUUUUGGAUACCUGUACACUUUUAAAUAAAAAGUUAAGUGUAAAAAAUUAAUUGUUUGCAGAGUGUUCAAAGCAAAGUAUAACGUGAUUAUUCGUUAAAAUUAUGCAAUGAUGGACUUCCACUUAUUGGUUAUUAUCAGCUGCGUAUUUCUCGCCUCCCUUCUCUCGCUGCUUUUCAUUAAUAAAUUUUUCCGUCGCAAAACAUUCGAGGAGGUUGUUGCCGAAAAAAAGGCACUAACCGAUAAAAUUUACGCUCAGAGUAAAGUAGGCGUAAAGAAGCCUAAAAAACAGCAACCCACUAAAAAGGAUCUUAAACGUGAAAAGAAAAAGUUACAACGCGAACAACAAAAGGAAAAUACCGAGCAAGAGGACUCCGAUGCACAAUCCGAACAGCCAUCGGUGGAGGAUGAGCCUCAGGGCUUAUCUAAAACACAUGUCGAAUUUGACCCAGACCCAGAGGUGAUUGUUGGCGCUACGCCCGAAGCUGUAAGACGUGCCAGCAUCGCUGAAAAGGAGAACUUGUCGAAGCCGAAAUCGAAGAAGGAGAAGAAGAGCAAAUCGUCGGGCAUUUUGGUGAACAAGAAUGAACCGGUAAUAGUGCGUGAGAAUUUGGUGAUUGAGGAGCCCGCAAACACAUUCGAGAUAAAGCAACCCAAGGAUAUACUCGAGUUGAAAAAACACGAGAAGAAGGAUAAUAAGAAGGAAAAGAAUAUUAAAAAAGAAAAAAAUGUGCCAGUUGAAAAGCCAGCUCCGGUAGUUGUUGUUGAGCAACAACAGCAGCCGGUCGCCGAAUCGGUAACGCACGUGCAUGUAGCCAAGGAGCUAAAACAGCAGGAUGACAAAGCUCGUCACGGCUCGCCGAAAACACAUGUCUCUAACAAUGCCAGUGGCAACAAUAAAACCGUCAAGCAACAAAAUAAAAAGCAGAACAAAGAAACCGCCGCCACUAAAGAGCUGGUACUUGCACUGGAUAAGCUUUCCGACUCUGAUACGAUUGGCGUUUCGUUGCUCAUGAAUCUCUUCCGUCGUGCUGAACUCAAUCGAUCCGAGAUCCAGAUACUUAUCGAUUAUUUGCUGAACAAACAGCAGGAUACACCAGCAACACAUUCGGAAUGGUCGGACGAUAUAUGUCAGAAAUUGAAACGUCAAUUGGAAGAGAAAGAGAAAGCUUUGACUGAGGAGCAGGAAGCUUCUAUGGGAAUUCAGGCUAAACUGCGUGAAUUGCGCACUGAAAUCAAUACCGAACGCGCUCAGUUAAAUGCCACUGUGAAAGUAUACGUUGAGAAGUUGCAGUCCAAGGAGCAGGAGAUUACCGCACUCAAUCAGGAAAUACAAGUUCUCAACGAUAAAUUUGCACAAGAGCGCAAACAAUUCCAAGCUAAGCUUUUACUUGAGAAGCAAAAUGGUUCUCAAGACCUAUUCGCACAACUACAACGUAUUCAAAGCGAGUUGGCGCACAAGGAUAAGUGUAUCAAUGAUUUGACCUGUUUGGUGAACGCCUGUAACCAGGCGAAUGAAGAGCUCAAACAACAAGUAAGUCUUCUCGAGCAGCAGCGCGAAGAACUCGAACAAAUCUCGAACAACCGCAUUUUCGAACUCGAAAAGGCAAAAGCACUCGAAAUCGAAAAUGCCGAACGUAAGCUGGAAUUACAUAACUUACAGAAUGCGCAUGAAUCAACCAAGGCCGAUUUGGCCCAAGCUCGCCAAGAGCUCGACACGUCUGCGGCUCGUAGUACUGAAUUGGUGGAGAAGCAAAACCAGAUAGUUGCACUGCAAGCUAAAAAUGAGGAGCUGCUGCAGCAAUUGGCUGGUAUCAAUAGCCAAGCAGCAGAACAAUCUGGUUUACAGACAACACUCGGUAUACUCCAGUUACAAUUGUCCGAAAAGGAAAAUUUGUUGGCUGAUUCGAUUAAAAAUAAUACGGCGUUGCGACAAAAGUCAGAAAAUUUAGAAGUGCAAAUGCGACUUAAUGCACAACAUCAUCACGAUUUGCAGAAUUUGAUAGAUUCACUGCAACGUGAUAUCGCAAGCAAGCACCAGCAAUUGCAGCAUGUCGAACAGACCGUGGAGCAGCUGAGCAGCCGAGAAAAGGAGGUGCUGCAGCAGCUGCACGAGCAGAAAGAGAAGAACGAUGAUUUGCGUAAGAAAAACUGGAAGUUGGUUGAAGCUUUGCAAAGUGCUGAAACAACAGCUAGACAGAAUAAAGCGCCUAAGAGCGCAAAUGAAAGCCUAGUUCAACAGCAGCAACUUUUCGCCGCUUCACAGAAACAACAAUCCUCCUCCGCCACAGCCAAUGCCGCAACAACAGUUUCUGCUUUUGAAGAGAAACAUAUACGUGAAAUAUUCCAGCGCCUUUAUCCAGAGGCUGCUAAAGCUUGUGCCAGCACAGCGCUCAGUGCAUCCUUUGAACAGUGGGUAGAACAAGUUUUGGCCACACAACUGAAAUUGACCACAGCUAGUAAAGCGGCUGGCAGCAGUAGUAACAAAUCUACACAAUCGAGUAGCAGCAAUAGCAGUAGCAGUAAUCACACCCCUUCAACCCACACCAACAAUAAUUCCCAUAAUGAUAACUUAACAAAUAAUAGCAAUAAUCGUAUUAGUAACAAUAGUACUGGGGAUGGCGAAAGUAGUGGUAGUGGUGGCGGCGGCAACGAUAUUGAUGCCGUUGAACUACGUCUGCAGAAUACUCAACUCCGCGCCAAGGUGGAUGAGUUAACCAAGCUGGUUACAAAAACCAGUAACACAUUGUCAGCUCUCGAAGGGCACGCCCGCCAGGAACAUGAGAAAUGGCAAAGCAUUUUACUAUCAAAAGAAGAAGAAAUUUCUAGGUUACAACACUCAAAUGGAGCGCAGGACAUUUAAUGUCGCAUAACUGAAGUUUGUUUAAGCGUGAAAGUGAAAUGCAGUUAAGAUGUAAUGCCUUCCAAAAAUACAACAAAAAAUUGUUAAAAACAUUUAAACUAAAACAUCAAAAAACUACAUACACCAGAAAAACGAAAACCGGACAGCCAAGCAAGAAUACCGAGUAUGAAUUGCAUUGAUUUAUAUAUAUAUAUAUGUAUAUGCACACCAGAUGCAUGGCCCGCAAGCAAGCUGCUUAGAAUAGCAUUAGCUGGCCGAAGUGAGAUGAGGUGAAAUGAUUGCCGAUUCUGCGAACAAAAAAGUUAGUAAACAAUGAGUUUCGGAAGAAAGUGCAGCCUCUGCGAGCGAGUGCGCGCGCGACUUGGAUUAUUGAGCGAAUAAAAAAAUAGUAAUUAACAAACAGCAGCAACAUGAAACAUUCUAAACUUAUGUUACAGUACAUAAAAGAAGUAAAAAUUAUACUAAAAGAUAUUAAAAAGAGAAACAUAAAGUAAACUUACAAAUACUUACUAUAAACCAUAAAUAAGCGUGAAUAAAUAUAAAAGUGAAACAUUAUCAAGAAAACUAAAUUUUAGUGUAGUCUGAAAUCUGUGCAAUGUUUGAUGAUCGAUGAGCAAAGCGAAAGCAAACAAAAAACGUAAAUAUAGAGUAUAUGAAAAGUGAGUGGAAAUCAAUGCAAAAAAAUUCACAGGACUGCGAACAUUAAAUGCAAAAAAUCAACAAAGUAAAAGCAAGCAUUAUUACAUAUUAUUAGUUUUAAAUAAAGGAAUUUAAUGAUUAGACAAUGCCAUGUGAAGAGUUGUGUGGUGUAGGGACGUACAUCCAUGUACUAAGAAUGAGCUGCUUAGCUGACUGCAUUGCGCUGUUAUGUUCUUUGCAUUUAUACAUAUACAUACAUACGUACAGAAAAAAACAUACUUACACAUAAACAAUUAAUGUUAUUUUAUACGCUACAGAUGAUGGUGAAAAAUUGAGCUAAAACGAAAUAUAGAUAUUGAAAUAAUAUUGAUAAAUCGUUCAAAAGAUGCAGGCGUAAAAGUGUGUUGGAAAGAAAACCGCACAAUGAGCUUUUUUCACAACUAGCAAUUGAGUUAAUAAGCUUACGUAGAGCCAAUAAAUCAAAUGUACGUCGUUUUCAUAGCCAAAAUAACGUCAAUUUUUGAUAACGAAAUUAUUUGGAUUUUUGUUUAACAAAAAUCUGUUUUAAAGUUUUUGCAUACUUUUAAAAUGCCUAAGCGCCAGUGUGUUUAAGAAACUACGUGUUUUGAUUUUAAAUAAUUGUUUUUUUUUUCGAGCUAUAAAUUAAAUAAAUUCACCAAUUAUAGUUAAAAAAAAUAUGAAAUCGCGUCUUUAAAUAAGUUUUCCUGUUCAAAAGAUGGUACCAUUUUAAUCACUUAAUUUUAUCUGUUAAGUUUAAUCACAAUUAAGUAUUAAACUCGCUAAAAAAAUCGAUCUACGAAAACAAAAAACGUGGUAGUCCCAAGAGUUAUACAUGCUUAUGGUAAAUCUUUGAACUUUUAAAACAUCCCGUUAACCAUAAUUUACUAAUCUUUUAUACGUGUUCAAGUUGUCUAGAUAAAUUACAUAAAUCUAAUAUCUUAAAUUUCUUAUACUUUCUAUUUUUAAUUUUGAUUCAAUGCUUUUUGCCAGAUAAUUAGUCCACAGGUUUUUAGUUUUGUUUCGCCAGAUAUGGAAAUGGAUGAAUCCCUUAACACAUUAGACACAGAUCAACAAUGAUUUUUCACAUUUUAGCUAAUAGUGUCCAUUUCGUGUAUGCAAGUAGUUAUGUAUAUAUGAGUACGGUUUUAAUACAAUUCUUACUUGGGCUUUGUUUUUGGAUUAUAAUAAAGUAAUUAAUUUUCGUGAUAAAAAGUUGAAACUUGGAAGUUUGUGGCCGAUUUAAAAUCAAACAUUGAAAAUAUGAUUAUAAACAAGUUUUUCUAAAUUUAUCUGCUAAAGACUGUUGUAAUUUUUCACUAUUAACUUUCUCUUGCCGAUUUGAGAGAUUAUUGCAUUUGUUCUUGAAUCAACAUGCAAGGAUUUACAGACAGCAACGACUGACAGAUAAAUAAAAGAGCUAAUACACACA